AUGCGUUUGGACCAAGUGCAAAUUACGGCCGUUUGUCCGCUGCCCUUAUGAGAGCUGCCUCGCGUGUUUGAUAGGCGAAAGUGACAGGCUCUGGAACGCGGGAUGAAUCGCCCUCUCUAGCGUAUAACAUUUCGCCUGGCUACCAAUUUCACGUUAAUUGAAAAUUUUGACGAAUGAACGUCGCUUUUGCAGCUUGCAACCGCCAAGAAAACAUGGGAACUCUUUCAAAAUAACAAAAUAUUAUUUUCUUUCAACGUAGUACAAAAGAAAGACCAGAAAUCAAUGUUUUAUUUUAUGAAUGGCAAAUAAAAACAUUUUCCGUGUUUUUAAACAUUUUUCAGCAAAAAUGUCAACGAAUUCGAGUGUAGCAGACGCCUCAUGGCCCAAUUCAUGCCGAUUCUGCUGGUUUUGUCGUUUUUUGGGAUCGUCCGCGCAGUCAUCAACGGAUUUCAGGCUAACCGGUUCGGUGAGUUAUUACUUUGAAGACAACUGCAAGAAAAGAAGAAUGAACGAUUCAUUGCCUUGUCGGCAAAUGGAUUAAAUGGAUUCUUUUCUGCCGCUCGUUUAUCAGUUAAACUUUCAAUAUUGCCCAUUAUUCCAAUUGAAUCCAUACUUUUAUUAAAAACUUAUAAGGUUUCUCGGUUGAGAUAUCCGUUCGGAGGCGUCGCUCCUCGCUCGUUUUGCCGAUGUCGCCGACGAUCACACCGUUAUCUGCGGCUCUGUUCUCAUAGCUCCCAACGUCGUUCUUACCGCGGCACAUUGCGUUUACAAAAACGCUUUGUGAGCUUUUCCAAACAAUUAAACAAUUUUGUGGAAAAUUUUUUUUUUGAUCACAUUGUGUCUCUUUUCGUUGUCUCUCAUUUUGAAAUAUGAGAUAUAAGGAAUCUCAUUUGAGCUCAACUAUUGUACGCAUCACGACAAACGAUUUCAACAUCUACAAUAUCGACAAAGGCGAAGAGACAUUUUUUAGUAGAGCGAUUGUGAUUCAUCCAGAGUACCUAAAGGUGUGUGAUUCAAAAGAUUUCUAAAUGCAAUCUUUCAGAAUGGUGAGGCCAACACCGAUAUUGCAAUUGUGUUUUUGCCACGACCAGCCUCGGCGUGCACGGGAUCUCCGAACCAUCCCCAAGUCGCACUUCUUCCCCCGACGCAGUUCCUCCAAGUAAGGAUGUUAGAAAAGUCUGAUUAUUCGGAUUUUUUAUUCAGAACACAGAGAAAGAAAUAACCGACGCGGAGUUGGAAUCAUCUCUGUGUUACACGGCUGGUUGGGGCCGCACCGAAAGUUUUUCAUGA